CGAGUGAUGGUCAUCUCGGGAUAUCAGGUCGUCCUCGAGUAAACAUAAGAGCUUGGAAUCUGCACGUUACAGUCUUCGCAACACAGUAUAGCUUUAGACCUUUUCCACUCACUGAGGCCAGUUUCACAAUUGAUUCGGUUACACACUAUGUCUCGUUCAUCACUUAGCUAUCUUCGACUGUUCGUCCUGCUUGCAGCAUUGCUGCUCUGCGUCGGCCCUGCACUUUCCAUACCUUCGCCCAAGGACGGCGAAGACGAUGACAAACACAAUGACAACAAGGACGACAAGGACGACAAGAAAGACAACAAGAAUGUCAUACGCGUCAAGGAGGGGCAGUCCAUCCAAAAUGCCAUUGAUCGUGCGAAACCUUACGUUCGCAUUGAAGUCGAAGGAGAGCAUGCAGAGCAGCUGACCAUCACGAAGGAUGGUAUAUCUCUCAUUGGCAAGGGUGCUAGGCUAUCUCCUCCCGGCCAUUACGAUCCACACAACUUCUGUUACGGUUUGGUCAAGGACGAUGCAGGCACCACGAACAAGAGUGCCGGCAUCUGCAUUCACGGCAGAAAGAUUGAACUCGCCGAUAAAUAUACCCCCUUCGACCUCCACUGGAAAGUAGAUUCUGUCGGUGACCCUGUCAAAGACGUUCGAGUAUCCGGCUUCGAGGUUGUUGGCUUCGACGGUCCGAACAUUGCUGUCUAUGGCGGCAAGAACACCAAAGUCUCCCACAAUAAGCUCAAAGCAGGUUUCAGAUACGGCUUCCUCACUGCAGGUUCGACGGGCACUGUGGCAUCGGAGAACAUUGUUAUCGGUUCUGCACCUGCUACCCUGCAGAAUGGGCCCAUUGGGAUGUGCAUGGACGACCUUUCGUCGGCAGAGUUCUCCUACAACAAUAUCUCCAACUACAAUAUCGCUCUCUGCACAGAGACGAGCGGUGGAGUCAACAAGAACAAUGAUAUCCAUGAUUGCUGCAUAGGAAAUAUCAUCGAUCCCAAUGUCACCCACGCAAAGAGCAUUGAUAACCACAUCUACCGCUGGAACAAGAAGUGCCCACCCGAUUCCGCUGCUGGUAUCUCCCUCCUCGGGGCCAAGAAUGCACUUGUCCAAGGCAACAAGAUCGAGAUCGGGUUCACUGGCCUUGCCCCACCUCAAGGAGGUGCUGGUCUCUUUUUGGGUUUGGAGGACCUCUUUCAGGCGGUCAACGAAGGCAAUACGAUCACGAAUAAUUGGUUUGGGGAGAAUGAUGCUGAUAUCUUCGACGAUUCGAAGGGCAAGAACUACAUUUCCAAUAACAUAUGCGACAUAGCUGCCAGAGGACCGCUGCCAGGAACACCGGCGCCAGAGUACUGUAUCGCAGACAAGGGACACUACUAGGAUGUAAAUCAGUACGGCAGAUGUGCUUCGAUCAAAUUGUUUCAAAAGAGUGCCUCAUCGCGACACGCAGAUUACCGCUCCUUUAUUGCGCACCAAACUGAUUUGAUGUAGCUAUUCAUAGGUACUUAAUCCACGAAUCGCAAUCUCAUUCUGUUCUCUUCC